AAACUAGAGAGAGAGAGAGAGCGUGUGCUCGAAGACUCGAAAAUUUCAAACCACUUAAGAGAGAGAGAGAGAGCGUCCGCUCAAAUAUUUCAAACCAAAUAAAUACUACCUCCCUUUCCUUUCGGUUCCCUCUGCUUUUCGAAUUACCCAAUUCCCUCACUAUUUUGCCCUAUUCUCGCUCCCCCCAAAAAGUAAAGAAUUUAGGAACUCAAUUCUCAGUUAUCCCAUUUCCCAGCCCUAAUUUUAUGCACUAUUGAAGUAGGAGAAGCGAUGCGAACCGUAAAGAGGGAGAUAACUAAUCGUAACAGUCGGAUUACACGGAGAAGUGAGCAGAAUGUCAGUGAAGCACAAGGUGCAAGCGUGACAGCGGAAGCUGAGGAUGCUGUUUUCGAGCGCAGGGUUCUUCGGUCCAAGUACUUCAGUUUCAAGAACCGAAUAUGCGAUGAGAGGGAUGAUUUAUCAAAAGUUGAUUCUAACAAGUUCAAAUCAUUUAUUGAAGAAGUGGAUACCCUGCAUCAGCUAGUACAAAAGCCCAGGGAACAAGUAGCAGAUGCUGAAGCUCUAUUUGACAUUACAAACACACUGGUCACCUCUGUUAAAGCGUACAACAGUGAUGGCUUGACACCUUCAGAUUUUGUUAGUUGUCUUCUUAGAGAAUUUGGACAAGAAGGUGGACCAAGUAGUAACCAAAAUGAGCAAAGGAGCUCAAUAAGAUGGGAAGACAUUGGGCAAGUUGUCUCUGUUGUUUUCAGGAGUGCUCCUGGUUGUCGUACAAUGGUUGGGCCCAUGAACACUGAGUUGAAGCAGCGCAAGACCGUGGUUUAUAGAAAGCGUCCAAAACCCACAAAAAAUUCCCGACCAGAAGAGCUUGAUGAAACUGAUGGUGAUGACAAAACGGAUACUGAUAAGAACAUGGCUACUAUGUUUAAUAUUUUGAGGAAGAAUCGAAAAGCCAAGCUCGAAAAUCUAAUAUUAAAUAGGAAGUCGUUUGCACAAACUGUGGAAAAUUUAUUUGCUCUAUCAUUUCUCAUAAAAGAUGGGCGUGCUGAGAUUUCAGUGGACGACUCUGGACAACAUCUGGUUUCCCCAAAGAAUGCUCCUAGUGCCGAUGCAAUUCAAUCCGGCGAGUCAGCUUAUAGCCAUUUUAUAUUCAGAUACGACUUUAAGGACUGGAAGUCAAUGUUGGAUUCCGUUGCUGCUGGGGAGGAACUAAUGCCACAUAGAGUUGCUGGACCAGAUCUUGAGUUUGGAGGAUCCCAAGCUGCACAGCCUUCAACUCCUAUAAGGAAAUUGUGUAGGAACCGGGGUUUGGUUAUUCAGGAGCAGACCAUCGUGGAAGAUUCACCUGAAAGUGAUAGUAAUAUAGGUGCUCACAGGGCUGCUGCCAUUCGUAAAGGAAAACGAAAGCUAAUAUGAUACAUCGACAAAGGUCGUACUCAUGCAUUGCUCUGCUUGUCUUGGCUGUCGUGCGGAACUUGAUAUAUUCUUUCUUUAUUCUUGUUAUGCUGGGAUUUGGUAAUGCCAAUCUCUCCUUGGCUCGAGCGUUAAGUAGUUAUUAUUGUUAUUUUUCUAAGUAGAUGUGGAUAGUUUAGCUUAUCAGAUCACUCUUAACUAGCAGUUGAGGCUGGCACUGUUUUGGAGUUUCCAUCCUUCUAGGAAUGUUCAUGUAUAGUAGUAAGUAGGAAUGAAUACUACGACGAUUAUUGAAAUUUACAUUAAUUUCU